CUUCGAUCACUAAUAAACCAAGUGUUAGUAUAAGAAUUGCCUGAGCAAAGAUUUCCAGUGGCCGUCCAUACAACUCACAACCCGCCGACCAAGCCGCCAGGCUUUACAUAACGGAAGCAAGCCGUAGUAUCUGGCCUCCCCGGACGCAAGCCCCUUCAUCGCAGUUCGCUACGCCCCAUUCUGCCGCCGACCACCGGCAUAUUUCUGUCACAAUGUCCGACCUCAACUCGUGGGAGGAUGACCCCGCUGCACAGCAGGACGAGAACCUCGCCAGGCAGACGCAGCAGCAGAUGAACCUUGGCCGCGGCCAACAAACUCAGGGAGGCUUCAGGGCCGGCGCUUCCACCUUCACACCCGGCGCACAGUCUUUCCAGCCCGGCCAACCCUUCGGGGGCGCCAACUACGCCCAGUACCAGCAGCAACCAUUCUAUGGUGGUCAGCAAUACGGGCAGCAGUACGGCCAACAGCAAUACUAUGGCAGCCAAGCCUAUGGAAAUCAGCCGUAUGGCAGCCAGCAAGCAUACCCACAAGGCCAAUAUGGCGGCGGCCAAGGCUACAGCGCCGUCUACGGACAGGGCGGCUAUAACAACCAGGGAUACAACCAGGACAGCAACUUCCAGAACCAACAAGGGCAGCAGCGUCAGCAGCAGACGCAGCAAACCAAUGCCGCGCCAACAAUCGUCAAACGCCCCACGGACGCUGCUGCCGCGGCUGCCCCGUCCGCACCCGCGGCUGACUUGAGCAAGCCCGUGGCUACAAAGGAAGGCGGCCCCAAGGUUCUCAGCAUUAGCGGCGAUGCACCGCAGCCCAAGUCGAAGGUCCUGUCAAUUGGCGCGCCGGCCGCGGCAAAGGAGGCGCCGAAGGAGGAGCCGAAGGAAGCGCCGAAGAAGGACACGGCAGCCGAAUCGGGCUCCAAGGCUGCAGCGGCCAAGGCCAUCGAGAAGACCGGACCGGCCGAUAGCGGCGCGAGCGGAAAGUCAUCGCCGACCCCGUCGUCUGGCCGUUCGAGCCCGACCCGCGGGGGGCCAAAGUCCUCGGCCCGUGAUGUCAACGCCGUCGAGAAGGAGCAAACUGCAGAUGUCGAUGAUGAGACCCUCAAGGAGAUUUACGGCAAGGAGCACGUCAACAUCAUCUUCAUCGGUCACGUCGAUGCCGGAAAAUCGACGCUGGGAGGAUCGAUCCUGUACGUCACGGGCAUGGUGGACCAGAGGACCAUGGACAAGUACAAGAGGGAGGCCAAGGAGCUCGGCCGAGAGACAUGGUAUCUCUCGUGGGCUCUUGAUCUUACCAACGAGGAGCGUUCCAAAGGAAAGACGGUUGAGGUUGGGCGUGGCUUCUUUGAGACGGAGAAGAGACGAUACAGCAUCCUCGACGCCCCCGGUCACAAGACGUAUGUACCAAGCAUGAUCGGCGGCGCCUCCCAAGCCGACGUUGGGAUCCUGGUCAUCAGUGCGCGCAAGGGCGAGUACGAGACAGGAUUCGAGAAGGGCGGGCAGACCAGAGAACACGCCAUGCUGGCCAAGACGCAGGGUGUCAACAAGCUGGUGGUCGCCAUCAACAAGAUGGACGAUCCCACGGUCGAGUGGUCGCACGAUCGGUACAAGGAGUGCACCACAAAGCUGGCGCAGUUCUUGAAGGGGACAGGCUACAACCUGAAGACGGACGUUUUCUUCAUGCCCAUUGCUGCGCAGCAGACUAUGGGUAUCAAGGACAGGAUUCCCAAGGAUGUAGCGCCCUGGUACGACGGGCCUUCGCUGCUGGAGUAUCUGGACGACAUGCAGAUGCUCGAGCGUAAGCUCAACGCUCCGUUCAUGAUGGCAGUGUCGGGCAAGUACCGUGACAUGGGCACCAUGAUUGAAGGCAAGAUCGAGGCGGGUGUGAUCAAGAAGGGAAUGAGCCUCAUGAUGAUGCCGAACAAGCAGUCCGUCGAUGUCUCGGCGCUUUAUGGCGAGACGGAAGACGAGGUUACCAUCGCGCAGUGCGGCGACCAAGUGCGCAUGCGCCUGCGAGGCAUCGAGGAGGAAGACAUCCAGCCAGGAUUCGUCAUCUGCUCGCCCAAGAGGCUUGUACACACGGUCUCGGAGUUCGAGGCGCAGAUCCGUAUCCUGGAUCUUAAGUCUAUCCUAACGGCGGGCUACAACUGUGUGCUUCACGUUCACGCAGCGAUUGAGGAGGUUACCUUUGCAGCACUUCUCCACAAGCUACAAAAGGGCACGAACAGGAAGAGCAAGGUCCCGCCCUCGCACGCGAAGAAGGGAGACAGCAUCAUCGCAAGGAUGCAGGUCACCGGCUCAUCGGGCGCUGUUUGUGUUGAAAAAUUCGAAGACUACCCCCAGAUGGGUCGUUUCACCCUACGAGAUCAGGGUCAAACAAUUGCCAUUGGCAAGAUUACGAAGCUCAUUGGGGUAGACGGCGCAACCGCUUAAGGAAAGAAAUGGUAGUAGACCUGGUGCUUGGGUCUCCUAGGUGGUAGCAAGGGGUCGGAAAAGAAGAAUUGGGGUGUGUACGAAAGAGACCGCCCAGUUUGACCAUGGUCCAGUGGCAAAAAGGUAUAGGCGGGUUCGGACAAGAUAUACGGAUGGAGCGAUGUGCAUGUCUACUGCGAGAGUGGCUGGGAAAGCAGGCUUCCAUGGGAGAGCCGGACCUGGAGAGCAAUAAACAAAAUUUGAAGAACAUGACGAAGACCCCGGAAGGCAAAGCUGCAGACGGGGCAAGGGAAGCAUGAGCCGUAGGAAGAUACGGAUUAUUAGCAAAGGGGGCGGAUAAAAGG